AUUAUUUACUUUGUUGGUGUGUUGUUAGGGCGUGUGUGGACUUUAGUUAUGCGUUAAUAAUUUAAUUUGUGAAUUUAAUUUUAGUACCAUUGUUUGUUCUUAUUUUUCGACAUUUUACUCUUUAGAAUAAGUUUCUUGAUAAUCUUACCUGUUUGAUUGUCUGUGAUAAUUACCCACUGUAAAAUUCCAAGGAUGUUAAGAGGAAGAGUGAAACAUUUAUUACAUUGUGUUUCAUUUUUAUCAUUUAUAUUUUUCUUCCUGGUUUUUGCCGGAGCCAUAAAUGUGAAUGAUGAACAGAAAGAAAUAGUUGAUCCUUGGGAAGCUUAUGGAAUAUAUGGAACAAUUAUUUUGUAUGUUUUGAGACUGUUAACUUUACUCACUAUACCUCAGGUUUUAUGUAAUUUUGCUGGAUUAAUAUUUUUCAAUGCUUUCCCCGGCAAAGUGAAAUUAAAAGGUUCUCCUCUGUUGGCACCAUUUAUAUGCAUCAGAGUGGUAACCAGAGGUGAUUUUCCAAAACUUGUGAAGGAGAAUGUCACUAAAAAUAUGAACUUGUGCUUAGAUGCUGGAAUGGAGAAUUUCAUGGUGGAAGUAGUUACAGAUAAGGCUAUAAACCUGCCUAAACACAGACGAGUGAGAGAAGUUGUAGUGCCCUCAGAAUACAAGACCAAGACAGGAGCAUUAUUUAAAUCAAGAGCAUUGCAGUAUUGCUUGGAAGACAGUGUCAAUAUUUUGGCUGGGACAGAUUGGAUUGUGCAUUUAGAUGAAGAGACACUGCUUACAGAAAACUCCAUCAGAGGAAUAUUGAAUUUUGUGUUAGAUGGUCAACAUCAAUUUGGACAAGGACUUAUUACUUAUGCAAAUGAAAAUAUCAUUAAUUGGGUGACAACAUUAGCAGAUAGUUUUCGUGUGGCAGAUGACAUGGGCAAGCUGCGGUUUCAGUUUUACUUGUUCCACAAGCCAUUGUUCAGCUGGAAAGGCUCGUAUGUAGUUACACAGGUCAGCGCUGAGAGAAAAGUGUCCUUUGACAAUGGUCUGGAUGGUUCCGUGGCUGAAGACUGCUAUUUUGCUAUGAAAGCUUACAUGGAAGGCUACUCAUUUAACUUUGUUGAAGGUGAAAUGUGGGAAAAAUCUCCAUUUACUUUGUGGGACUUUAUCCAGCAGAGAAAAAGAUGGAUUCAAGGUAUACUUUUAGUUGUACAUUCUAAGGAAAUACCUCUCGUUAAUAAAAUUUUCCUAGCAAUAUCAUGUUAUUCAUGGGUGACACUGCCAUUGUCAACAAGCAAUGUUUUACUAGCCGCUGUUUGUCCCAUACCUUGUCCUACACUUUUGGACAUUGUAUGUGGAUUCAUAGGUGCUGUCAAUAUUUACAUGUACAUAUUUGGUGUUAUAAAAUCAUUCCCCAUAUAUAGAUUUGGACCACUGAAAUUCUUCUUAUUCAUUGGUGGAGCUUUGGCUACAAUUCCAUUCAAUAUUGUGAUUGAAAAUAUUGCAGUAGUUUGGGGCGUUUUAGGUAAGAAACACAAAUUUUAUAUAGUCAACAAAGAGGUCAAGAUUCCAGUGACAGUAUGAGGCACUUAUUUAUCAUAUCAUUUUGAAUUUUGUUAAUAGUGUAAGUGCACAAAUACUUUACUCCUGCACUCAUACAGAAGUAAGAGUAGUGUUUGUAUGACUCAACAUUUGUGAUUGUUUAUUUAAGAUAGGUAAGAUCUUCAAAAUUUAUACAAGUGACUGAAUGAUAUAGCUUUUGUUACCAAAGUGUGAAAUUAGGAACAAACUUAUUUUUAAUUUUGGCAUUACCUAAUUAUAAAUAUUCUUCUUAUAGAUUUAAAUAACUUUCAUAGGCUAUUAAGCACAAUUUAUGUAAAAAUGAGGGAUAA